CCAUUUGUGUGUUGCCAACUAACAUGCAUCUAAGGAAGUUGGCUAUACGCUAAAAUAUAAACAAAAUAAACUUUUUAAUUUUCUUUUAGAAUAAAAAUCCUGGAACACAAUGAGUAAAACCACCAAAUCUACCAAAACCCAGCAGCUAAGCAAAGAACAGCUGAUUGAAGCGGUCCGUAAGAAAAAGGAAUGUAAUGCCCGUGCCCAGGCAAUUGUGGAAUCGCUCUUGGAACGCAACAUUAACGAAGAUGAGUUUCUGAGAAAGCUAAAAGACAUAAAUCAAUGCCACUACGACGAUAUUGUGGAUGAAAGGAAUAUUUUACGUUUAUGCUCUUAUCCGUUGUGUGAUGAAAUUCUGGAAAAUGUACCAACAAAACAGUAUCAAAUCUCAACAACAACCAACAAAGUGUAUGACAUUACUGAUCGAAAAAAAUUCUGCAGUACCAAGUGCUUCAAAGCCUCGGAGUACAUCAAGUCUCAGAUGUUAACGAGUCCAUUGUGGUUAAGACAUCAAGAGAUUAUACCCGAGUUUAAAUUGUUAAAACUAAAUGAUUGAUGUGCAACCACCAACUGUUCAUUUUGGCCAUUUAUUUAUGAUUAUAAUAUUGUUAAUUCUUUAAACCAAUUUGGAAUCAAAUAUUAUUUUUUUUUAUAUGUAAUUUCUAUAUUUAAAACAUAAUAUGGAGUUUAAUAUAUGUAUGGCGUACACAUAGCAGGUUAUACAAAAAUCCAAGCGCGUAGGUAUGAUAAUUGAAUGAUAGAAGGAACGAGGGUGAUGAUUUAAGGAUAGCGGUUCUUUGUAUUUAUAUCAUUACAAUGUUAU